AUGAGUAAACUUAACAGACAAGAUUUUGAAAAUCAUCAAUUCAUUAAUUCGGAGGAAAUAUUCACUAACAAUAAUAAUAAUAAUAAUAUAGAAGAGAAAGUAAAAAAGCAUGUAAAACUCGAACAAGAAAUAUUUUCAGAUGAUAUUUGUUUUGAAAUAAUUUCAAUGAUUGAUGAUUCGUGGUUUAUUUUAAAUAAUUGUACUUUAAUUUCAAAACAAUUCUUUAAUGUGAUCAAGGAACGUUCAAAACUUGUUAUUCAAUUUAAAAAAAAAUUUACAGAGAAACGAGUUGAAAUAUUAAAGAAAAGUCAAUUUAUGAAUAGUAUUGUUAAUCUUAAAUUUUCAACAAAUUUGUUUGACUAUUUUGAAGAAGCAAAAUUUAUAAGUGAAAUGAAAGAAUUAACAUCGCUUAAUAUUAAUGGCAAUGUAAUUGGUGCAGAAGGAGCAAAAUUCAUCAGUGGAAUGAAACAAUUGACAUCACUUAAUAUUUCUUACAAUGUAAUUGGUGAUAAAGGAGCUAAAUUGAUAAGUGAAAUGAAACAGUUAAUAUCAAUUAAUAUUUCUUACAAUAGAAUUUGUGGUGAAGGAGCUAAAUUCAUAAGUGAAAUGAAACAAUUGACAUCACUUAAUAUUGCUAACAAUUCAAUUGGCGAUACAGGAGCUAAAUUCAUCAGUGGAAUGAAAGAAUUAACAUCACUUGAUAUAUAUAAUAAUAGAAUUGGCAGAGAAGGAGCAAAAUACAUUAGUGAAAUGAAACAAUUGACAUCACUUGAUAUUGGUGGCAAUCAAAUUGGUGAUGAAGAAGUAAAAUUGAUAAGUGAAAUGAAACAAUUGACAUCACUAAGAAAAUAA